AAUUACUGUGUUCCAGUGGUAUAGUUUACAGCUGGGCUGUGCUUGGUUGUUUAACAGUGUUGGGCCACUUACAGGCCAAAGCUCCCUUUUUGCAUGAUGCAUGUUUUUGAAUGUUUUGUGACAUGGAUUUUGCUAGCUGUUGCAGUCGCUGGUCUGUUCCAGAGUCCUAGUUCCAAGCCCAGUUCACAUCCAGAUGGCGGUUUGAGGUCUGAGUGCCUUUGGAAUAUCAUGAGGCUAACAUUGGACGAAGCUCUGGCUGUGGGGAGCCAGCUAGAAAUUGCUGCCAUCAAUGGCACUGACAUUAUACCGUUGUCGCCCACCUUGGCUGCCCAGUGUGGAUACAGCAUGGACUCUGACCCUUGGGGGAAUACAAAAGUCUUUGUGUCCUUGUUGGGCUGUUAUGUUGACAACCAGGCGGAUGAGACAUUUAACCUUGGCCUGCGAUUCCAAAUGUAUGGCGAUGGCCUGUCAAAGAAGGUCCAGCGUGACGUGACCGAGACAUGCAGCUACUCCCGCUGGGCGUCCCGGGAAAUUCUCUGUGACAGGAACUACAUGGAGGUGUCAACCCUCAUGGUCACUCCAGAAGUCCCAGUCACCAUGGAUGGCCAGAAAGUUCAAGAGACCUGGCAGGAUGCCAUCCCCGACGCCGUUGCGCCAAACAGCAUCUGGAAGAUGACAUUUCACACCCCUGACUCGAAGGUCAUGGUGCUGAAGGAUGCUCACCGAGCUGGUUACGGUGCAAUGACUACCCCAACAAGACUGGUGUUGCGAAGCCCCUACAACAUGCCGGAGACCUACGCUGAAGAAGUGGCAGGAGUUCCCAUGGAGGUCUUCAGUGUGUCCACUUACUACAAGCAGGUUCGCAGGCUGGCCAUCAUAGUUGCAGCUGCUGCCUGUCCUACAGGUGGCUUGGUCUUCACUGAUGAGGUGAUCACCUGGUACGUGCCUCGCCGCAUCCCCCCGCUGAUCUCUAGCGCCUUCAAGAUCCUGGAGACUCACAUGGGCAUCGAUGGCCAGAGGUUGGACAAAACCAUGAUGGCCAUCAGACGCUACAAGCUGUCAAUCACAGAGUCUCAUGUUGUCAUUGAGCUUCCUGUGGGGUCACCUGAUGGCUACUACAAGAGUCACGCCCCAGAUUAUUCAUACCACAUAACCUACACUGUUGAACCCAUGCUUGAGUUGCUGUGGAGGGCAGAAGACACACAGGCUGACACGCGAUAUAAAGUCCUCUUUCCCAUCACUACCCCUCUGAUGCCCAGACCUCCACAUGUUACUGAAAACAGAGUUCCUGAGCAGAAGGUGUUCAACGUCCUCUUAGGGACCUUCCUCCAUGAUGUGUCGCUGCUGAACAUUACUUUCACUACUGGGGUGCUGACUGUCACGGAGUGCAAUGCCAGAGGCUUUGACUUUCAGGAGCACCGCUUCGCCAACAGCUCAAAGACCUUCUCGCUACAAGUGCCCUUCUCGGAUGAAGUUGUCCUGAAACAUAACCCUAAUCCCUUGACAACUGUCUACUUCCUCCCUCUGGUCUUCGGUCUGCUCAUCCUGCCUGAACAAAUCCCAUUCCCCCACCCUGCAGAGCUGGAGGCCUCCCUGGAAGAUGUUGUUCUUCCCACGACCACUGGAUUCUGUGACCAGGACAAUUUCUACAUUUCUGUCAAAUAUGGGAGCCAAGGGGAUAACUUCCAGAUCAUGAUGCUUCAUGCUGGUUCAUGGAGGGAGCUAGACACUGAGCUGUAUAGUCUCACUGACAACAACACUCACGUCAGUAUCGUAGUGCCGUACACCGCUCCUGAUACAGUUUUUGAGGCGGUGCAGUCUGACUCUAUCAGAGCCAGAGUAGACUUGUUGCUCUUGGAGACCCCUAACAUGUGGCAACUCAACGACCUCUCGCUUGCCUGCAACUUCCCCUUGACCAUGACUGAGUGCUACCCCAAUGGCACAGUGACUGCACUGGCAGUGAAGGUGGAAUCUGUUCGCAACCUAAACCCCAAAUACCUGACCUUGAGUGACCAGUCAUGUAAACCGGUCUUCAGCAAUGACCGCUUUGCUUUCUUCUCCUUCAACCUCAACUCCUGUGGCACCACCAGAACAUUCUUCGACAAUGUCAUGGUGUACGAGAAUGAAAUCGCCAUGCACCACAGCAUGGGCAAACAUCAAAGUAGGAAAGGUCUAAUCAAUCCAGACUAUCGGCACACAGUCUCCUGCUACUACCUGGUCAACGACACUGAGACCAUGGCAUUCCGUACUAGGCCAAGGAACAGCGACCCCAAGGCUGAUCCUGGAGUGGGACAACUAGUGGUCCAAAUGAGACUAGCCCAGGAGGUGUCUUAUGACAUAUUCUACCAAACCGAGGACUACCCAGUGGUGAAGUACUUGCAACAGCCUCUGUAUUUUGAAGUGGAGCUGAUGCGGUCUACUGACCCUCGGAUUGCACUGGUCUUGGAGAACUGCUGGGCAACUCUACAUGAGGACAGGACCACUCUACCUAGCUGGGACCUCAUUGUGGACCGUUGUGAGAAUCUUGAUGACCGCUACAUAGUCUUCUAUCCAGUUGUUGCAGACGCCAGGGUUCAUAUACCCGCUCACGUCAAACGCUUCUCAGUCAAGAUGUUCACCUUCACCACGGAUGAGACAGUCCUGAAAGAACAAAUCUUUGUUCAUUGUGAUGCAGACCUCUGCGACACCACCAAACCUGAUGGCAUCUGCUCUGGCCAGUGUGCAAGCCCCCUUAGGAACGCAAAGCCUCUCAAACCAACGGGCUCAAGAGGUCGCAGAGCUGCAGACAUCAGCCAGCAUCGGAUCUCAUCUGGACCUAUUAUUCUGUCUGACUCAUCCAACUUUGUUUAGAAAAUAAGUGUUCCAUUUAUUUGUUUAUGCUUCAUUGUACAAUUUUAAAUAAAUUCCGAUUGGUUUAGUCAGCA